AUGUCCAGCCACAAUUCCUACGCAGAUAAUCCACCGCGAAUUAGUAAAGAUAAUCUUUUCAUGAUCAUCGCACUCUGGAUGGAAGAUUUUGUCACCCGUGAAGAAGCCAAAAUCGAUGAGAAUACUAACCAAAUUGGGGCAGUAUUAUUAUCUGCUGACGACGAGAUAUACGCAGCUGACUGUUCACGAGAGGGAGUUCAUGCCGUUGCUAGACUAUUAAUAAAACAUCCAGAAAGAGCAAAAGGCUCCAAAAUCUUCAUGUCUCGAAAGCCUUGUCAUUUUUGUGCAAAACUUCUUGUUCGAUCAAAAGUAGACCGUGUAGAUUAUCUUCAAAAGUCGUCAGGCAACGACUAUAAAAUCGACGAAGUCGGUGAGAUAUUUAAGUCAAGCUCAGUUGCUGCAUCAUUGUUUAUAUUUGAUAUAAGAAAGAAUGUUCUUGAAGACGUUGGGCAUUGUAAAUCGAAUAAAACUUUCAAUGAAUCUAAGUUCAAUAAAUGGGAGUCAGAAUGGCUCACUGAGGAAAAGGAAAAAAUCAAACGCGAGCUUCCAUGGCCAGCGUAUGAUAAGGAAAUGGACAAGAGAGUUAAAGAAUGGUUUGUUGACGCAGCGAAAUGGAUAGCAAGUGUUAUGCAUGCGACUGGAAGGUCUUCAAAAGACUCUUUUCAGAUACAUCCAGAUGUGACAUCUCAAUUCAUUGAUUUCGACCCUACAGAUCCGAAAAAUCGAGAAAAAGCCAAUCAUUUGUUGACUCUUGCAAGUUUUCUUUCUCAACGUUCGGAUGAUCCGAAAACUGGAGUGGGAGCCGUGAUUGUGAACUCAAAGAUGGAAAUGCUCGGAUUUGGUUUGAACGGAUAUCCACCAAAAGCGCGUUAUGGUAAAUGCAUAUCAUUGUUUUGUAUAGGUAUUAGUGCUAGAUAAAUUCUUCCUCCUUAUACACCCUGUAAAUAUGUAAUAAUUUUAACAUCAACAGACGGCUUUCACUACGUGUGAGUCUUACCAAUUUGGUGAUAUUGGAAAUCAAACCAAUUACAUGCCUGUUUAGUAAAAUUGAACAGUGUUUUGACUUUUUGCUAAACACUACAGCACUCGCCUUUAUGGAAAUUUGAUUGUCAUAAUGGUUGUCUCUGGUAUUUUUAUCUAUACUUUGGUAGCAGUGUGUUUUCUUGAUUAACAGAUAUUGUAAUAGACAAACUAAAGUAUCAA